AGGCGGAACUUUCCUUUCCAGUUGUAAGGCCAGGCGGUUGCGGGAGGAAGGCGCAGCCGCCGAAGCCCCGAAGAAAGGAGACAAGGAGAAAGUGGGGAGCUCUGGGGACACUCUGGUCACCAUGGAGGACGGUAUCUAUGUCCCUCCAGACCUGACGCCGGAAGAGAGGGUUGAGCUGGAGAACAUCCGCCGGCGUAAGCAGGAGCUGCUGGUGGAAAUCCAACGGCUACGAGAUGAGCUGAGUGAAGCCAUGAACGAAGUGGAGGGGCUGGAAGCCAAUGAGGGAAGUAAAACCCUUCAGAGGAACCGAAAGAUGGGGAUGGGCCGCAAGAAAUUUAACAUGGAUCCCAAAAAAGGAAUCCAGUUCCUGGUGGAAAAUGAACUUCUGCGUUCUACUCCUGAGGACAUCGCCCGCUUCCUGUACAAAGGAGAAGGACUCAACAAGACAGCCAUUGGCGACUACUUGGGCGAGCGGGAGGAUUUUAAUAUUGCUGUGCUCCACGCCUUUGUCGACUUGCAUGAAUUUACUGAUCUCAACCUUGUGCAAGCACUCAGGCAAUUCCUGUGGAGUUUCCGAUUGCCAGGAGAAGCUCAGAAAAUUGAUCGUAUGAUGGAGGCCUUUGCCCAGCGGUAUUGUCUCUGCAACCCGGGGGUCUUUCAAUCCACAGAUACCUGUUAUGUCCUCUCCUUUGCUGUGAUCAUGCUGAAUACGAGCCUCCACAACCCCAACGUCCGUGAUAAGCCUACAGUCGAGAGGUUCAUAACCAUGAACCGUGGCAUCAACGAUGGGGGAGAUUUGCCCGAGGAACUGCUACGGAACCUGUACGACAGCAUCCGUAAUGAGCCUUUCAAGAUCCCCGAGGAUGAUGGGAACGACCUGACACACACUUUUUUUAACCCCGACCGCGAGGGCUGGCUCCUCAAACUGGGAGGGCGAGUGAAGACGUGGAAGAGACGCUGGUUCAUCUUGACUGACAACUGCCUCUAUUACUUUGAAUACACUACAGAUAAGGAGCCAAGAGGAAUCAUUCCCUUGGAAAAUCUGAGUAUCCGAGAAGUGGAAGACCCACGGAAACCAAACUGCUUUGAGCUCUACAUUCCCAACAACAAAGGGCAGCUAAUCAAAGCCUGCAAGACUGAGGCAGACGGGCGUGUGGUUGAAGGAAACCACAUGGUUUAUCGAAUUUCAGCACCUACGCAGGAGGAGAAGGAUGAGUGGAUCAAAUCCAUCAAGGCUGCUGUGAGUGUGGAUCCUUUCUAUGAGAUGCUGGCUGCCCGCAAGAAACGGAUCUCAGUGAAGCAGAAGCCAGAGCAGGCAUGAGGUGGGGAUUCUCCUGCACCUGCCACCUUCCCUCCCCCUUUCACCCCUCUGUGUCCCCUCCUGCGUUCCCUCUUGGACUUGCUGACAAACCCACCUGGGUUGAUCUCCAUGAAACCAGUGGGCUCCCUUUCCUCCUUUGGAUUGUUGGACCACUCACAGCGUUGCCAGUCUGACAACAUUCCUGCCGGCACACCAGGUGCUCUCUUCACAUCUCCAGAGCUUCAACUCAACCUGCAGGGACUUGCCUGUGGACAACUGACAAAGUAUGACAGCAUCAUUUAUUGGUGAUGGCAUUUUUUUCUUCUCUGAAGAGGCCCUCAGCAGAUGCAGGCAGAAGUCUCAGUGCUGGCUUCCGCCAUUGGGACCAUGAGGACUACAAAUGUGGGCCGCGCUCAGAUAAUAUUUCCUGACUGAUAUGAUUGUUCCUGUUCAUCUUCAAGCUUAAAGCCAAUUGACUCCUUUAGCAACAGAACAUCCACACUUACACCAAGGCUGUGAUGAACUCAGCUAGCUUAUCUUUCUGGUAUUCUAGCUUUGUGGAAUUUUUGAUUCCCACAUUCCUUGUUUCUUUAUUUCCUGAGCCUCGCCCUAAUGUUGGUAGAGCAAUGAGAGUGCACAAUAUUUUCAGUUCCUAGGGCCACACUUGGUGUGAGACCAGGUCUGCACAUGCUUGCAUUAGUGUACCCUCAUACACUGCAUAGUGCAGGGUUCUCUUAUAUGUACCGACUGAGAUCUGUGCAUCAACAGAGAGGAGAGAGAAGGAGAUUGAUGGUUUUCAUGUCAAUGAGAUAGAGAAUCCAUUCUCUAGUUUUGCUCAGAAUUUCUAGGAGCUUUCCUAGAUGCUCUUCCCAACAUGGUUUCCACAUCUUGGAUAGUUGUAUUUAGAGAUCAAACUAAAACCUGGUGCGUUUAUUGUCCCACGUAAAAGGAAGCCACCAGCCGAUGCAGAAUGGGAAUCAAAACAUCUCUUACAGCGCUCGAGUAAGAAUUUGGAAGACAGUGUGGCUCACUAUCUGAUUAUGACUGGGAUGUGGUGGAAAGUGGAUUUUGCCCCAAAGGAGCCUUUGUCCACUUCUUAAGCUUUAAGUACAGAAUGCCCCUUUUGAGUCUGUUGCCAAACCAUUUACACUGUGUAUCCAGGGAAUUGGGAUUCUCAUUCUAAUAUGGGCUCUAUGUACACUCUGUCUUGGGCUUGGGUUUACAAAGAUAAGCAUACCAGCAACCAGCAGAGGACAGAAGAGGCCCAGACAACCAGCACACCCACUGACAACUUUGAACACUACUUUAGUUCCUCCAGCAAGAAUUGCCAGCACAGCAGCGCAACUGACAGUCUGGACACUUCGCAUCCAAGAACAGGGUCAGGAACCGUCAGGUCCUUUUAACUCUUAUCUCCUCAACGUUGAAAUACUCCCAACCCCCACUCAACCUUUGCAGAUUCAGCCGAAGAUUACCUCUGGAACCCAUCUUGUCUCUCUUCUGCUUGAGAUCUAUGAUCAAGAGAACUGGAGCUUCCCUUUGCAGUUAAUCCAGGAUGUUUCCAUUGCUUUACGGAGGAAUCUGAUUAUACUGGCAUUAUAAUCGGUGUAGCACACUGGUCAGGAUCUGCCCCUGAUCCCGUAGUACAUGCAAGGGGUGCGGGAUGACUGUGUUUUUUCGAGAUGGAAUUGAAAUUGGGAAAAAUGAUUUGAAAGUUCUCCCCUUUGGCCCCAAAACAACACCCAUACAGAUGAGGCAAUCCCCAUGUGUAGUAUUUUGCUACUUUAAUAAGCAUUAGCUUCUGAAUUGUUAAAAUAUUGGAAUUUACCAAAAUUUCCACUUUCUGCUGAAACUUGCAGCUAGGGUUAACAUCUGUGUUGGUUGUCCAGAAAACAAGAAGUGAGAUUACUAAAUAUCUUUACCCAGAAGAAAGACGGCGACCUAGCUCUCAGACAGAUAUUGCUAAAAUCAUAUGUAGUCUGUUUUACCACAAUUUUUCUCACUUCUAAAUUGAACUUUGGUUGUCUGCCACUGCCUUGCCUCAGAUGGUCCCAACAGCUCAAGUUCAGCAGGAUACGUGCAAAUCAGUUUGUCGCAAAGCUCCGAUCUUGCAAAGGGGCUAAGCUCAUGAACGUGGCAGUGUAUUAGUCCAUGUGCAUUUCAGUCUGAUCAGUAUUCCACAUCUGCAGGAAAUCUUUUAAUAGCCAAUCCAAGUCUUGCUUGGUUUCAGCUUUAAACACCAGUAAUUAAUUCUCAAUGUCACACAUCACCCUGAACUGGUUGCCUCUUAAACAGGAACAACAGUUAUUAUCCCUUUUUCAAUGCAGGAGAAACGAAAACAAAGUGAAAGUAGACAGCAAGGAAAGAAAAUGGUUUGUAUUGAUUCAUUUUAGCCUGUUAGCACAGGAGAGAAAAAGAACUACAUUUGGGAAGGUCUAAAAUAAAUCAAUCCAAACUUUUGUUAAGUUAGAACAGGCAUUUUUAAAUGUGUCUACUCAGAAUGUACUUACAUUAGUAUAUAACUGAUUCUGCUAGUCAGGUCCCUUCCCCAUUUAAGUUAUUUCGUGGUGCCAACAGGACUUGGAAAUAUCUUUUCACUUUUGGAAUACAUCCAAAAUUGUAGUUAGCAUUCUGUAUCUUACAAUUUUCUUGUAAGAUCAACAAGAGCAGGUGUGGGCAAACUUGGGCCCUCCAGGUGUUUUGGACCGGUAGGCUGUUAGGAAUUGUGGGAGUUGUAGUCCAAAACACCUGGAGGGCCCAAGUUUGCCCAUGCCUGAACUAGACACUGUGAAGGUCACCUGUCUCAUUGCUCUCUUCCCAGAAAUCACAAGAUAUUAACAGCCCCUUCUGUUCUAGAGUUGGCCUUCCGUAUCUGCAGGUUCCUCAUCCAUAGAUUCAACUGACCGGAUUGAAAAAAGUCCUGAAAGUCUUGCCUCAGUGAGCGAAUUCAUAGUUAUGCGCUUGUGAGAGAAAGAGAUGGCAAGACCAGCAGGAAUUUGGGGGAUUCCAGAAGAAACCGAAGUGUCCGUGUUCUUGUCACUGCCAUUUUUAGUAAGACUUGAUCAUCUGCAGGUUUUGGUAUCUGGAGCCAAUCCUCUGUGGAUCCCGAGGGCCUACUCAUCGAACUCCAUUCUAGGAAAUGCUAGAUAACUAAUCCAUCUCCUCACUGCAUUCAUUCCCACUAGGCAGCACUGCCUUUUUCACAGAUAUUAGCCCAAUCCCCUCUUUUAGAUCUUGGGUGAACUCCAUCUCAAGGUCAAGGCCAAACAUUUUGAACAGAUGUUUUAAUAAAGGUGAAUAAUUGUUCUUGAAAAUUAUCUGGAUGAUAGCAAAUGGAAAAGUUUGUGCUCUUUUCCCCUUUACUUCAGCCAUAGCUAAAAUUACGUUCCCCAAAUCUCUGUUUGCAUUAAGAUAAAAGCUCCAGUCAUUAAUUGAAAUAUUUUUUGUUCAAAGGAAUUAAAGUAAGGUAUUGUCGAAGGCUUUCAUGGCUGGAAUCACUGGGUUGUUGUAGUUUUUGGGCUAUAUGGCCAUGUUCUAGAGACAUUUUCUCCUGAUGGUUCGCCC